UUCCCCUUUCCGUCCGUCUUCUUUUCCUCGCCUUCGUUUCUCUCUUUCUCUUUCUUUCGCUUCUUUGGCUUCUCGCUUCUUCAUCGUCUUUUCGGAUCUCUUGAUCGCAAGGACCUUGCAAUCGAUUCAAUGGCGAACAGUAAUCUUCCUCGCAGGAUCAUCAAGGAGACGCAGCGCCUCCUCAGUGAGCCGGCUCCUGGGAUCAGUGCAUCCCCGUCUGAGGAGAAUAUGCGCUACUUCAAUGUCAUGAUACUUGGACCGACACAGUCUCCUUAUGAAGGAGGUGUCUUCAAGCUUGAAUUGUUCUUACCGGAAGAGUACCCAAUGGCUGCCCCAAAGGUUCGAUUUCUCACCAAGAUUUACCACCCCAACAUUGACAAGCUUGGCCGAAUAUGCCUUGAUAUUUUGAAGGACAAGUGGAGUCCAGCUCUUCAGAUUCGGACAGUUUUGUUGAGUAUUCAAGCACUUCUUAGUGCACCAAACCCAGAUGAUCCCCUCUCAGACAAUAUUGCGAAGCACUGGAAAGCCAAUGAAGCUGAAGCUGUUGAAACUGCAAAGGAAUGGACCCGCUUAUAUGCUAGUGGCGCGUGAUCACCUAUUAUAAGUUCUACUUGUCCAAUAACAUACCAGCUACUGAAAUUAAUGCCGCCUGCCUCGGGCGGCUCUCCACAAGGAGAUGGAAGUGAUGAUAACCGAACUAUUCGAUAGUCUUUCAAGCUUGCUAUUAUAUUCAAUAUGAUGCAUAUCACUUGAUGAAAACAUGAUACGUUACUUCUCCUUUGUGUACUUGUAGAUGAUAAACUGUUUUAUCUUUUAAUGUCUCCCUUGUGUUCUUUCCUGUGCAAGUAAAUUUAUUCAUGAUAAUGAUAUGUGCUGCAUUUACUA